GGGAAACGGAGUUAUCACUGUUCUCCAUGCCUUUUGGAACCAGAGAUGAUCAAUCGCAAGAAACUCUUCGGAGCAUAUUGGAUACUCAUUGCAUGAUAGACGGAAUCACCCAGGAGACUGCUAGAUGGCCCACAGAGUGUCAAGUAUACAAUAUAAUAUGAAACAAAUAUACAGGGUGUCUCUACGAAGUUCAUUUUGAUUUUAUUUCGUUUUAAUGAAUCAAUCUUUAUAUCAGUUCACCAGAUAUAUUAAUUCUUGUUUGACAUAUCUUUUUUAAAGUCGUACACACAUAAAAAUCAACUAGCGUGAAAUGGAAGAUGUUAUAUUAGGGGCCGAAGUAUUCUCUUUGUAUUUCUUAUUUUUAUUAUAACAUUGUAAUGAAGCUUUAAAUACUCCGUGAUUAUUUAAUCUUUUUUCCUUGAUUAUAGGCAUAUAAUGUAUUGUAAAAAUCUGAAAUAUCCUAUAUAUGAAAUAUAGGAAAGACAAAGAAAAUUCGAACAAAAUGAUCAAGCAAUUAAUACUUUAGGUACUUCCGGAAAGAGUUAGGCAUAUAGAAUACUCUCCAGCCGUUCCAGAACCGUUCUACGUGCCAAGCGGGAAGGAACCAAGGCCAAAACCAUUGGGCGAUGAAUUUGGAACUGUGAUAUUUCGAUAUCAUCCAAGCAAUGUCACCAGUUACGUGAAUCUUGUGUGGGUGGAAGCACGAUCACACCGUUACCAACAGAAUUUUCAGCCGAUUCAAAUGGAAACGAAUCGAAGAACGUCGAGACUAAUAGCAAUAUGUUCUUAUUGACCAAAGUGUCUGACCUAAUGGAAACUGACACCGAUUUACAUUUUGAAUCUCGUUUCGAAUCUGGCAACCUUUGCAAAGUUGUGAAGAUCACUGACACGUAUUAUCAAUUGUAUCUUAGAAAAGAUCUUUAUACUCAAAGACAUACCCAAUGGUAUUACUUCAGGAUAUCAAAUACGAGGAGCAGAACGAAUUACAGAUUGUCCAUUGUGAACCUUUGCAAAGAGGAAAGUCUAUACAAUGAAGGUCUUCGGCCACUCUUGUACUCGACCGAAGACGCAAAGAAGCGUGCCGUUGGUUGGAGGAGAUGCGGAGAGAAUAUCGCUUAUUACAAGAAUGAUUCAUCGUACGUUAUCAUAAUUUCAAUAUCCUCGAGUGUUCUCGUAAUUUUUAUUAGAUGUAUCUUUCUUCCCAGAAGCAACGAAGAAAAAGAAAGGCACACACUGACAUUCAACGUCUCCUUUCCUCAUGACAGGGACACUGUUUAUUUGGCACAUUGUUAUCCAUACACCUAUACCGACCUACAGGAAUAUCUUGCCAAACUAGCGGCAGAUCCUAUAAAAUCUAGAUAUGCGAAAUUACGACUAUUGUGUCGUACACUUGCCGGAAAUGGAGUCUAUUACUUGACUAUCACUGCGCCUACUUACGACGAUGUGGUACGAAGAAAAAGAGGCAUAGUUAUCACGGCACGAGUUCACCCUGGAGAAACUCCAUCUAGUUGGACGAUGAAAGGAAUUAUUGAUUUUUUAACCGGAGAAUCGAAUCAAGCCAGAGUAUAUGCUCGACAUAAUCUUGAUCUUAAUUUAGUUUUUUCUUUUUCUUCCUUUUUUUUUUUUUUUUUUUUUAUUUUAAGAUGUAACAAGACUUUAACAACGCAGGUACUACGAGAAAGAUUCGUAUUCAAGCUGAUUCCUAUGCUAAAUCCGGAUGGCGUUAUUGUUGGCAACAAUCGUUGCUCGUUAUCGGGGAAAGAUUUGAAUAGACAAUAUAGAACUGUAAUGAGAGAAAGUUACCCUUCAGUCUGGCAUACAAAGUUAAUGAUUCGACGAUUACUGGAAGAAUGCGGAGUGGCCAUUUAUUGUGAUUUACACGCUCACUCCAGAAAACAUAAUAUAUUUGUUUAUGGCUGCGAGAGUAAAAGAACCGCUUCACAGGCGAGACUCUCCGAACAAGUGUUUCCUCUGAUGUUACACAAGAACGCAGCUGACAAAUUCUCUUUUGAAAACUGCAAAUUUCACGUGGAGAAAGGUAAAGAAGGUACGGGAAGAGUCGUAGUAUGGUCUAUGGGAGUGCAGAAUAGUUACACAAUGGAAGCGUCAAUGGGAGGGACGAAAAUAGGCUCUAGAUCAGGCACGCAUUUUUCUACUCAGGAUUACGAGCAAAUUGGAAAAGUAUUCUGUGAAACUCUAUUGGAUUUCUUUGAUCCAGAUCCCAUCAAGGAAAAGCUACGGAACAAAAUAAUUACUAGGUUAAUGAAGGGUGGCUCCAAUGCCGAAGAACCGACGAAUAUCGAUUUAACCGACUACUCCAGCGACGAAGGCGACACGUCUGAUAGUUCAAUCUCAGAGGAACAAGAAAUACAAUUUCCAGAAGGUACAUGGACCUAUACUUUGAAGGAACCACUUGUUUCUCCGCAAUAUUUAUGCGCACCACCACCUACGCCAACAUUUAUUCCUCCUCGGAGUUUAGAACUAGCAAAAGGAAAAAGCAAAAAGGGAAUCACCGUUAACAGAAGCUACCUUCGACGCAAACGAAUGCUGACUAGAAGAGCAGUAAUGGAUUUACCAACUCUGGACCCUGGCAGCGAUUUGUGUGACUAUAUUGAUUCAGCAGAUGAAGGACUGACGAGGCCAGAACGUUUCUCAGCAAGAAUUCGCGACAAUUGCAAAGAAGAAACUAAUCAAUUCGUGGAUAAAGAAACAAAGGAAAUCUCCAGUGAUAGAUUAAUCUUACCGGAAAUAGCGAGACCUCGUAGCAUGUCCUUAGCUGAGAAUAUCAAUGUCGAUAAGGAAGAACCGAAGGCGAACAGACGAUCCCAUUGUCUUCGCUUGGUUAGGACAUUAAGACAUCGUUCGCCUGUUUCGUUAAGAAGUCAAGAUAUACAAAUUAAGCUCAGUUCACUGCGGCAACAAAUAUGGAUGGGAGUUCCACUGAACGUCGCAGAAAAUAUCGAUAAAAGAGUCAACUAUCAUCAUCCUAUUCCAAAGGGACCAUUAAGCUGGGGAAUAUCCAAUAUGGCGUUAACCAAAAAUAAAAUGAAUAAUAAAAUAUUACUGAAAGGCAGCAAAAAAUUGCAAUUUGUCGAAUAUAUUGAUACGGAAGACAACAUGAAAGAAAUACAAAAUAAAUAUAAACGUGAAGAUACGAUGCGUUCAAAAGACAGUAGUUUGAGAGUGGAAUCGCAGCGGCAAGAUGCUGAGCAGAAGCCAAGGAAAAAGAAGUCUCCUCUGAAGUGGCAGAAGAUAGUUAAUCUAAAUUCUAGAGUAGAAGAAAUGUGCCACCGCAAAACAUCCUUUUUAACAAUUAAAGCAGACUCUUUAAAACUAGUCACGCUUGAAGUACCUUCAAAGAUUCAAACGCGACAGCACAAAAUUGAAUCUCGAAGGAAGCACCGGAAAAGUUGCGCCACCUGCACUGUUUCUAACGGUGGAAAAAUAUCGAGUGUUACGAAAUCUCAAUUGCAUUUGCAAUCGCAUUCACGAUCCCACAUACAAUUGCAACCCCUAAUCGUUCCUUUGUGCGACAGUUUUUCGUCGGAAAACGACUCCAUCGAUUCUCGUACUCAAAGAGCCUCAAAGAAGAAAUAUAAGAAGAAGAAACAAUUGAAGAAAAUGAAGUCGACUCCUGCAACGGGAAAGAAAAAGCGUGUCACUAGCGCGAACGUAUUACGCAAUCCUUGAAAGAUUUCGUACAUAAACAAGAAUGUUCCGUUGAAUAGCAUUUUUUCGGUCCCUCCAAUGCAGGCUCUUUUUCGUGUUUUUUAAAUAUACUCCUGUUAAAGAUUCAUUACACUCAUUAAUGAGAAUAAUUUUGUGCGAGUGAUUUUUAUAUUGUACUUUUUAACGUGAUUGUACGAUAAUUCGUCGUUCAAUUAAGGCUUACAACAUUGUUACGUAACAAAUUUUGCCAAGACUUAAAGUAUGAGAUAAUUGAC